AGAAGCUGAGAACUCGACCGCUCUCUUCCUCCGACGACCACGAUACGACCGCGACGACCUUCCUUCUCCUUCUCUCUCUCCCUCUCUCACCGCUUUGAACCUCUCACGGCAUUUUCUUUUCCCGCGAGCUCUGGGCGCACACGAGAAACGGACGCAACGAUAUGCCCCCCAAGAGCCUCUCCACGUUCUUCCUUGGUUUGGAGCUCGCGACGGAUCAGCUAAGGGCAUCAAUUGUAGACGAGAAUCUUGAGCUUGUCGGCGUAGAGAUUGUGGACUUUGAUACGGAGAUCUCAGAGUACCAAACACAAGGUGGCAUCUUUACUACACCAGGAGAUGCCUACACAACACCCAUCGAGAUGUGGCUGAAGGGUUUCGAUCUCAUCCUCGAAAAGCUUAGCAAGAACUACGACGUGGCGAGGAUAAGAGCCAUCGGAGGUGCUGCUCAGCAAGCAUUAGUCUGGUGGAAAGCGCCCGUGCCACCACUCCAUGCACUCGACCCCCGCCUACCCGUCCAUGCGCAGCUCACCUCCCAAUCCUUCUCGCUUCAAAACCCCCCUAUCGCCCAAGACACAUCGGCACACACUCACGCUCUCGCCCUCGAGGCUGCCCUCGGUGGUCCCGACUUGAUGGCUCAGCGCGUCGGAACGUGUGCACACCCAUCGCUUGUGGCCGCGCAGAUUCUCCGAGUGCGAGAAGCCUGGCCAGACAUCUGGGCACGCACAGGGCGCGUCCAGAUGGCGAGCUCGUUCCUCUCCAGCCUGCUCACUGGGCAAAUGACAGGGAUGGGCGAGGCGGAGGCUUCGUCAACCGGGCUGUGGGCGCACGCAGGGGCCCAGCCUGGCGUGCAAAGCCACUGGGACGAGGGCGUGAUGGAAAUUGUAGGCGGGAACAGGGAGGAGGGCCGGCGCAUCUGGAACUGGCUAGGCGACGUCGACGUGUCGGGCGGGCGGAGGCGGAUCGGGAACGUGUCGAGAUAUCUCGUGGAGCGCUACGGCUUUGACCCAGAGACGAUCAUCACUCCUUUCACAUCCGAUUACCUUUCAUUGUACCUCUCGCUGUGUCCGUCGCCGUCUGAUGCGGUGCUUUCCUUCGGCCCGAUGGAUUCCCUGAUGGCCCCCGCUCCGAACUUUGUCCCUACACGUUUCUACAACCUCUACCCCCAUCCUGCUCAGGAUGCCAGCGAGAAGAAGCGUUACAUACUGACGCUCACCAGCAGGAAUGCGGACGUCCCCCGUGCACUAGUGCGAGACAUGUACACGAAGAGUUGGAGCGCGUUCGACCGUCUUGUCGCCAUCGUUCCCCCCGGUGGAUCCAUUGGCCUCGACGACAAGCUGUUCAGCUUCUGGCUUCUUCAGGGCGACAGCUAUCCUUACUCCCAUGUCAAGGGCAUAUACCGCUUCGAGACUGGUGUUAAGGUCAACGAAUUUCGAGACCUUCGUGCUAAUCCUCGCUGCCUGCUAGAGAGUCAGAUCCUCUCCUUCCGAGUCCGCUGGUCGCGAGCACUUCCCACUGGCGUCUUCGGCACUGCGUCGGGGCGCGCGCGCAACACGAACAGCACACCGAGCCCGAUCUCUGGUGCGACGCAAAAGCGUGCGCCUGGCGUCAACAACAGCAAUAAUAUGGGUCUACCCUUCGACCCAUAUGACUACUCCCCCCUGCCCGCACGCAUCCUUGCCACCGGCGCGGCAGCGAACUUCCCCUCAAUCGCGAACCUCGCCGGUGACGUCUUCAAUGCGCCUGUGUUGAUGCCCACCACUCAGAUCGAUGCCGCACAAGUGAUCCCCCACCGCAACGCGCCUGCGCCUGGGUUUCCUGCUCGCGCAGCUCUUGGUGGCGCGUACAUCGCGCGGUGGGUGUGGGGUAAGGAGAAGGGCACACCGGCAGGUACCGGCCGCGGUGGCUUUGAGGAGGAGAUCCGGAGACUGCUCGGAAAGCGUUGGGCUGCUACGAACGGCGCGCCCCUGCGCACCAACGUCAAUGCGCCUGGGAGCACCAGCAAGACGCCAAGUGCCACUGGAAGCGGGGCGAGUACACCGUACGGCCACGGCUCUCGGUCUGCUCUCGGCUCAUCAGUGCUUGUGGAGGAAGAAGAGGAGGAGAUAGAGGAGAUGGAGCGAGUACAAGGCGGAUUUGGCCUCGGGUUCAGCGAGACGGAUAUCGCGCGACUCCGAACAGUCACGAGCUCCACGGCGGGCACGACGUUGAGUGGGAGCACACUCGGGGAUGCGCCUUCGACGGCGUUCACCACUCCCGACCUCGGUUCGCUCACAAGUCCGAACCCCAACCAAGGCGAUCCGUCUUCAUCUUCAUCUGCGCCAUCGACAUUGCAACCCGUGACCGCGAUGAUCACGUCGGACGCCGAGCUUCAACUGGGUCUUGCGAAAGUCGCGGAGCCAGACGUGGACGCGUUCAUGUCAUACGCUGCACUCGUUCCGGAAUAUUGUAGGCUCGAGGGCCUGCUCAUCAAAGCCAUCGUCUAAAUCCAUGUAGCCUCGCCUCGCCUCUCACCCUCCGUUCCCUCAUGUCCAUGUCACCUUCAUCCCAAUCGUACGCUCUCGGCUUCACGCCUCUCAUGCUCCGUAAUGUGCUUUCUCAUCGCCUAUGCUGCGAGGGUCUGGCUUCGCAAAACCUCGGUGUUCCGUUUCUCUGUUGCUCAUGCUAUGCUGUCGACAUGUUGUACGCAGGCCUGCGCGGGGCGGGCUGUAAGGCUGUAGCCUAUCACUGUUAGAUGCUUGUGUCGUUAUCCUUCCCCUCUCGUUAUCUUGUCGCUCGUGAUAUGGUUAGGGUGGGGGAGGUCGGUGUUGAAGUUGAUGCAGGGACUACGAGACCGAGGCCAGAUUGGAAGAGACAGUUCGUGCAUUCGUAUCUAUCCAUCCACCAUCAUCACCCAUCCAAAAAGUUGCACAGCAAGUACUAUAUCCCGGGCCAGCCUGGCUAUAACUGAUACCACUGACUAUGAUAUCAUGGUAUACAAGAGGUCUUGUCAUACGCUGUAGACAACCAGAAUCAGAGCCUCCCGUUCC